GCUGCAGAAAUGACUGAUCCAGUGACUCGUGCGGAAAAUGCACAUUCGACAGUAUGGUUUGCUUUGAAAAGGCUUGACCUUAAUGAUCAUGGAGUUGUAGCUCUGAGAGAAGUUCACAUUCCCAGAGGGACAAAAAUGACUACGGUGAGACAGAUUGUAGCUCAUUCUUUCAGACUGGAUCUUGCUAAGGUCACCUUGAAGGUACGAAACAGUCAUGGCUUUUUAAUUCCUUUGAAUGGCUAUAUACCAGUGAACACCAAACAAAUGCCUUAUGUCUUGGAGGUGGCCCGAUAUUUUCAGCAUGUCAAUGCUAAACCCAGAAAUGUUGCCAUGACAGUGAUAAAUAAAAGCUUGAAGUCAAGAGUACAGAGUAUUGUGAAAAGGAUUGAAAGACUGGAAGAACUCCUGCCUCAAAUCAAGCAAAAGCAGAAUGAGAUACUGGUCAAGGACAUUGAACUGUUGAACCAAAAGUUGAUAUUCCUACACAAAAGAAUGCAGAUGGCUGAGUCAUACAGCUGGGAAGGAAUGUUUAAACGAGCUCCACUCUGGUGAUUUUUUUUUUUAUGUCAAACUACGUUCAACAUGUUUAAAAUCACAACACCCAAUACACACGUGAACAGAAUU